ACGUGCCGUCGCAGCACAUCUCAACUGCGAACGCAUCGCACAUCUCCCUGCGGCGACCGACCGUCACGUAGUUAGACCCGUGUGCGCCGCAAGCUGCCAGCCCUCCCUAUAUCCUCUCUUCCCUCUCCGCUCUCGGGUUUCUUCACCAUUAGAUCCCACCGAUUCCACGCUCCACUGAUCCUGCUGGUCCGGCGGCUCGCCGCUACCGAUUGAACACCCCAAUUCGGCCCCCUCCAUUCGGUCGAAUUGGGAGGUUCUUUGGAAGCGCAUCCACCCACGAAUCGAGGAUUGGAGCUUUCUUGCAGUUGCAUUUAGGAAUCAUGAAUAAUUUGUUGCAAGACUGAAACGGGUGUUGAGGUAACUACUGGAGGAAUUUGUUAUUAUGGCCAAUGCCCUGAUUCUGUCCGGGGCUUAUGAGCUUGCUGAAUAUCUGAAGCACAAGUAACCAUGGAUAGAAAAGUCGGAGUGGUUUUAGUCUGCCUGCUCUUCCUACUCAUUGGGGAAGUUUCGGCGGUUGCCCAGACCGAGGUUGGUCAUGUGCGUGUAACACAGGAGGCACCAGAUCUGAAGCUAGAGGAUGCUGGUAGACAUGAUGUGUCCCAAAGUGGAAGGGUGUCGGUGUAUGUUGUUGCAUGGUCCACGCUUGCGAUGGCUGCAGCAACAGGGCUGGGAGCAGUUCCCUUCUUUUUCCUGGAGCUAGAGGCCCAAUGGGCGGGCCUUUGCAAUGGGUUGGCAGCUGGGGUGAUGUUGGCAGCAAGUUUUGAUCUUGUGCAGGAAGGGCAGAUGUAUGGCAGUGGGAGUUGGGUUGUUUUUGGGAUUUUGAGUGGAGGGAUCUUUAUUUGGCUUUGCAAGAAGAUUCUUGAGCAACAUGGAGAAGUAAGUAUGUUGGAUAUAAAAGGUGCAGAUGCAAGUAAAGUUAUUCUUGUUGUUGGAAUAAUGACACUCCAUUCUUUUGGCGAGGGUUCUGGUGUUGGUGUUUCCUUUGUUGGGUCAAAAGGAUUAUCUCAAGGUCUUUUAGUUACUAUAGCUAUAGCAGUGCACAACAUACCUGAAGGCCUGGCUGUAAGCAUGGUACUAUCAUCUAGGGGUGUCUCCCCACAAAAAGCAAUGUUAUGGAGUAUCAUAACAUCUUUACCACAGGCAGGACUCAUUUUCGUGCACCAGCAGUACAUAAGUUGGGACGUCAAGAAAGCCGCAAGCACUGUUGCAGGCAACAUUUACAACCCAGCGCUUCUGUUGGCUGGCGGGCUAGACAUACCCCAUCGCGAUAAGCUGAAUGCAAUACCUCAUUUUCCACUCCACCUUAUCUUACACGAUAUUAAUUUCGGCACACACCCCACACUCAAACUUGAAGGUCCAGGGUGCAUGAUAUGGAUUGUUAUUGCAGAGGUUCUUCCUGAUGCUUUUAAGGAAGCGACUCCAUCUCAAGUAGCCUCUGCUGGAACACUUGCUGUUGCUUUUAUGGAAACAUUAAGUACCGUGCUUCAGGGAUUCACGGAUGGCCACGGCUUGGAAGAUACAUCAGGCUUUUUGGUAUCACUUGUAUUUGGUCUUGGUCCACUUUUUGGAGGAAUUAUACUUGUCGCGUUCUCGCUUGCCUUCAACAUGCCACACCCUCUUCUUACUGGUGUAGCAUCUGGCAUUGCCUUCCGUCUUGCUUCAUGGAGGCCAUUGCAACUUGUGAUGUCCUUAAAGAUGGGUCUCUUCACCACCUUGUUCCUCCUGCUAGGAGGUUCCGUCUUCUACCAUCUCGUGGAAGCAAGCAUCCUUAUGGUUGCUAAACACAAGAAAUCAUCCGUCAAUGUCAUUACAUCUUCCAGCGGGCUCUCUCUUAGUGUCCUCACACAGCAAUCGCUCCUUGCUUGCGGUUGCGUCUUCCUUCACGCCUACGCCGAAGGGCUUGCACUUGGUGUGGCGGCACGCAAGGCAUCUGGUCUAGGCCGCUACAUGGUUCUUCCAGUCUCUCUUCACGGCCUACCACGGGGUGCUGCUGUUGCUAGUUGUGUAUAUGGUGCCACUGAUAGCUGGCGAGGAGCCUUGGCAGCUGCAGCUCUGACCGGGUUUGCGGGACCAAGCGCGGCCAUUGGUGCAAUCCUUGCGAAGAUUGGCUAUGAUGGACUGGACUAUUGGAUGGUGAUUGCAUGCGGGGCUUUGAUCCCGAGCUUUGGCCGUGUCUUCAGACGCUCGCUGCGGCUGGACGCGAGGAACAGCGUCUGCGGGCUCCUGAUAGGUUUUGGUUUUGCUUGGGUGUGCUUGAUGUCCACCAGAUUCAUCUGCUUGCACACCCCUUACUGCAAUUCAGCUCCAGAAGCGGUCACAUGAUGUGUUCCUGUCAGAUAGUCACAUGUAACAUCAAUGUAACGAUAAUACUGAAAUUAUAAGAGGGAUAUCCUUUCCUUGUAUGAACAAAGUGAUGAAAGGGAAACGAACAUUAGACAGUGAUUUUGCCUGGAA